GCAUUCAAGUGCAAGCCGGCAUAGCAAAGCUUUGACAAGUUCACUCUCAAUGGAAAUUACAGCACAGGUGCUGCUUUUUGGAAGUGUCAGAACAACAAUAAUAAGAUUAUUAAACCGCGUCAGCCACCGUGUUUAAACUUGUGUUUGUGCUAUUGAUUCACUGCACACUCACUAUUGGAUAUGUGAACCAUAACUCAGUAUUAAAGCCCAGAGCCCAGUUAUUGCUUUCUUGUCCAUUUCUUAGGAAAAUAUGAUGGUGAAGGUGAAGAGCGUUUUGCUGAUUUUCUUUUCAUUCAAAGUGCUUUGUUGUGAAGGGUGUUGGAAGCAAGAAAGUGAAGCACUUCUGGGUCUAAAUUCCCGUCUAGGAUACCCUUUGUUUUGGAUUGACGGCACUGAUUGUUGUCAUUGGGAAGGAGUUGAGUGCAACAAAACAACAAGGAGAGUGGCGAGCCUCAAUCUUAAUGGCAGGAGGGAUUAUUAUCCCCAUGGACAGUGGUACCUUAAUUACUCGGAUUUUACAGUCUUCAAUGACUUAAAGACUCUCAACUUGUCAUUCACCAACACAGCUGGUUGUGCAAAAAGUGAAGGGUUGGAAAAUCUUCAAGUCCUUGAUUUGAGUUAUAAUAUUCUGAAUAAUGCUGCAAGUGUUCAAUCUUGUUUGGAUGGGCUUUCAUCGAUCAAGUCUCUAUAUUUAAGUUUUAACGGGUUCAAUGCAACUUCAUUCCACGUUUUUGAGACAUUGUCAUCAAAGUUGCUAAACCUGGAGGUUCUUGACAUAAGUGCCAACUAUCUGACCAAUGAAAUCCUGCCAUCUCUCGGGGGAUUCACAUCGUUGAAAAAAUUGGAUUUGUCUCAAAUUGGAUUGAACUCAGAUCUUCAUAUUCAAGGUAGGCUAAAACUUAAUUUCAUUUUAUUAAUAUGCAGGGUUUUUUAUUGUAAUAACCUUGACUACUUCCAAGGUACUUACCAUGCAGGUUUGUGGUCCAAGUUGAUGAAUCUUGAGGUUCUUGACAUGUCCAACAACAACUUCAAUGACUCUGAUAUUGGAACUGCUCUUAGUGGAUUUUUAUCCCUCAGUUCAGUAAAUCUAAAAUAUAGUCAAAUGACUCCAAGAUCAAUUCUUAAUAUAUCAAAAUUGAGGUCUUUGGAGGUCCUUGACUUGGGUCUGAAUGAGCUGGAUGAGAGUAUUCUAUGGUCUCUAGAGAAUGAUGGAUUUGCAUGGCCAACCGGUUUAAAAGUCCUGGGGUUGAGUUCAAACAGUUUCAGUAACAAUUUUCUUUCAUCAUUAUGGGGGAUUGGAAGUCUCGAAUCUCUUGAUUUAAGCAGCAACAACUUGGAAGGAUCUCUAAAUAUUAGUGGAUUAUCAGCAUUAAUCAACUUGCAAAUUCUCGAUCUAAGUGGUAAUCAAAUCAGCCAUUUCGUUGUUCAUCAAGGCUCAAAAAGUCUGAGCAGAUUGGAUGUUCUUGCUUUAGAUAACAAUAUGAUAAAUGGAAGCAUGUUGCGGAAGUCAUUAUGGGCUUUCUCAUCUAUUAGGGUGCUUUCUUUGACAAACAAUGAAUUUGAAGGAACAAUGGUUGCUGAAGACUUUAGUGAUUUAAGUAAGCUAGAACACUUGGCAUUGGACCAUAGUUCUAACCUGGAAAAUGAGUUUUUCAAAAGUGUUGGGGAAUUGACUUCUUUGAAAGUUUUGUCUCUUUCGGAAUGUGGGAUAAAUGGCACUCUUCCGGCUGCAGAUUGGUCUAAGCUUAAGAAGUUGGAAGAGUUAGAUAUAACCUUCAAUAAAUUCGUGGGGCCGCUUCCCUUAUCUUUCUUUAAUAUGACCUCUCUUCUGAAGUUGGACCUUUCUCAUAAUCACUUCACUGGAAAUUUCAGUUCUAACCUUGCAAGUCUUACUUCACUUGAAUAUUUUGGUUUUACAGAAAACCAGUUUGAAGUUCCUAUUUCAUUCACACCAUUUGCCAAUCAUUCCAACCUCAAAUUCAUCUAUGGUGAGGGAAACAGAGUUAUACUUGACUCAAAACCUACUUUCCAAACUUGGAUUCCAAAAUUUCAGUUACAAGUGCUUAGUUUGUCAUCAACAACCAUCACUGAUUCUCUUCCACUUCCAAAGUUUCUUCUUUAUCAAUACAAUUUGACUACUCUGGACUUCACCAGUUGCAAGUUGGACGGAGAGUUUCCAAAUUGGUUGUUCAAAAACAACACAAAAAUGUCUGAAUUUAUUGUUAGAAAUUGCUCUUUCACUGGUACUUUCAAGCCACCAUUGCAUCCUCUUCCCAGCAUGAGGAGAAUUGAUGUAUCUGAUAACGUCAUCACUGGUCAGAUCCCUAGCAAAAAUAUCAGUUCAAUCUUUCCAAAUCUGCGAUUUCUGAACAUGUCUAUAAAUGAAAUCCAAGGUUCAAUUUCUCAUGAGUUUGGCCAAAUGAAGUUGUUGGAUACAUUGGAUCUCUCUGACAAUUAUUUAUCUGGAGAAAUACCAAAGAACAUAUCUUGGGAUAGGUCUUCGCUCAGAUUCUUGAGACUUUCAAACAAUAAAUUAAAUGGACCAGUGUUCCCUACAUUGUCAGCUUUGAAACACUUGGAGCAGUUGUAUUUGGAUGGAAAUAGCUUUUCCGGUAGCAUCCCGAGUGGUUUUUCUAACACAUCAUUGUUGGCUUUGGACAUAAGCAAUAAUCAUUUCGUGGGGAAGCUACCAAAUGUGGUAGGAAAUUUAACAAACUUGGUGGCACUUUCUAUGUCCAACAAUCAUCUUGAAGGUUCUAUGCCUGCAGGACUUGUGGAACUUGAAUCUCUAGUUUAUCUCGACAUUUCACAAAAUGAUUUCACUGGUUUAGUACCGUCUUUUGUCAAUUCUUCUGUGAGAUCCAUCCAUUUGAGCAACAACAGGUUAAGUGGCUUGUCAAAAAGAAUGUUCUCAGAAAGUUCUUCCAUAUGGAUCCUAGACCUUAGAUACAAUCAAAUAACAUCCAAUAUUCAUAGCUUGGUACAAGACCUCAGUUUUACAGUGUUAAACUUUCUUCUUUUGAAAGGUAAUCACUUUUCAGGGCAGAUUCCAAAGCAAAUAUGCCAACUAGUGGGUUUAACAAUCUUAGAUCUUUCUCAUAACAAUUUUUCUGGUUCAAUACCAACCUGCUUGGGCACAAUACCUUUUAAGAAUGAUUAUCCUUUGCAAUCACAAAUGAUAUAUGGUGGCUUCUACAGCAGAAGCAAAGAUUCAUUACCAUAUGUACAAGAAAAAGCUAACUUCACUACAAAGAAAAGAUCCUACACUUACACAGGGAACAUCCUUGCUUAUAUGUCUGGAAUUGACUUGUCCCACAACAAAUUAACUGGUAAUAUCCCAUCAGAGCUAGGAAACUUGACGAAAAUUCGAGCAUUGAACUUAUCUCACAACUCUUUGACAGGGAAAAUCCCAGCUACGUUCUCUGGUUUGGUACAGGUGGAGAGUUUGGAUCUCUCAUUUAACAAGUUGAGUUCCAAAAUCCCUUCUCAACUCAAUGAGUUAAAUUCCCUUGCUGUGUUCAGUGUGGCACACAACAACUUAUCAGGUGAAACACCUGAAAGGAAAGGCCAGUUUAUAACUUUUGAUGAAAGCAGCUAUGAGGGCAAUCCUUUUCUUUGUGGACCACCACUAUCAAAAAGUUGCCAUCCUGAAAGAACAACGCCAGUAAUUUUACCAAAUGGUUCAUACUCUGAUAGGGACAGUGGUGGUUUGAUGGACAUGUAUGAUUUCUUUGUGAGCUUUGGUGUGUCAUACACAUUAGUAUUGUUGGUGAUUGGGGCGAUUUUAUACAUUAAUCCUUAUUGGAGGGGAGCUUGGUUUUACUAUGUAGAAUUGGUUAGCACGAAUAGCUACUACUUUAUUGAGGACAAUUUGCGCAAGUUAUCAAAUAGAGGAAAUACGUGACAUGUUACCUUGUAAGUCUAUAAUGGUGUCUAUUUUGCUUGCACAACAAGUCAACAACAAUAAUGAUGUGCCAGUUUUUCAUUGUAAUGAUAACAAAAUUUGUUGCUUCUUAUAGAGGAUUAUUGUUGUUUUUAAUAUUUUCAGAGGAGUAUUUUUAAAACAAUACUCCCUCCGUCCCGGUUGCCAGACAUGUGUUUUCACCAUUUUUUAGAACUUUGCGAGUUAUGAAUUUCAUGUUUAGCGUUGUUGUGAUGCGAGGUGUGCUUUUAGAUCGAUCUCUCAAGGUAUAAUUUACCAGCAUUGGAUUCUAUUUUGCGCAUGCUCCUUAGACUAAAGGGGA